UUCAAUAAUUAUUUCAGCUUACAUCGGUUAUAUUUGAAGGGUAGUUAGCCUUAAAGAGUCCAAGUUCUUGGGAGAUAUUGGAAAGGUUGAGGGAUACAAACCUUAUUAUUAUUGGCCAAUCGAACUGAGAUAUUUCCUCCAUUGCAUAUUGAUAGAGUCUGGAAAUUGCUCAUCCUUCAUUCCCAAACCUAUCUUGAUUUUUGCACGAUGCUUUGUGGGGCUGGAUAGACCGCAUUGAUCCAAGCAGCAAUGAGAUUGAGACGUCAAUGAAGUUAGCAGAAGGAGUCAAGUAUUUUGGCAAAUAUCUUAAGGGCUUGGACUUUGAUUUACACAAGGAAGGAGAGAUCGACUCUCCGCUGUUCUGAGCAAAAGAUCCUCUAAAAGGAUUCAAUCCUUGCGUAUACAAAUAUUGGAAAUACGAAGUUGCCAUAACCAAGCAAGGAAGGAACCAGAUCGGCAAUAUUGUUGAAAUUAUUGAUAAGCUUUAUGAUGAAACUACUGAGGAAGUUAUGUCAGAGAAAGGAUGUUUGAGGAUUGCAGAUCUUGUGCUCGAGUGUCUUGACAAAGAGCCACCACAAUCAACAGCUAUAAACGUGAGCUCAACAAAUCUAGAUGCAGAAUUCUUGCUGAGCAAACUUCUUGAACUAGAGUUCCCUACUUUUCUGCUGAAAGAUUUCUCAGCUUACUGGUCACUUUCUGAAGAAUUUACAACUGAAGUGUUCGUUUGAUAUCUUAAAUAUUUGGUUAUUGCUGCUCUAAAAGAAUGUAAAGUAGCUCCAAGCUUUUGGAUUGACCAGUUUUGGCACCAACACAUUACCCAUACUAAGCAUUACAGAGACACCUGAUUGCUUGUGAAAGAUAUAGUUGAGUCAGAGAUGCCACACUUAGAAAUCAAGCCGAAAAGCUUUGUUGCCCAUUUGCCUGGAGAUGGAAGUCCUGAACAAACAGAAAUAGUCAGAAAACUUGAGAAACAAACUGAAAUUUAUUAUCUGGAGUACUUCGGGGAUGAUGCAUCUAUGAAUCCUAUCAUUGGUUUUCAAUUAGACUAUGAUUUGCAAGUUGACCCAGUGAUGUCAAUCAAUAUCCUUGGGCUUGUGGUUUCAAGAUAUCUCAGGAUUGACCAAAAUCUUCCAUCAAAUGCACUCAAAGAAAGUAUGCAAGCUGUUAGGGAGAUGAAUAUAAACAAACUAGACAAGUUAAAACUUGAUAAAACACGCAAAAAGAAAUUGAAAGAGCUGGUUGCCUUUGAUAAUUCAACUGAAGAAGAGUUCAAAAGGAUCGAGCUCAGGCAUUGCAGCUAUAGACCUGCUAAAUUGACUGGAUUUAUCGAUAAGUUCAAGAAUAUAUUCACAAAAAGAAAGCCGCCUCCAAAAGCUCCAAGAACUUACUCGGGUUGGAGAACCAACUAUCCUAUAGAAGCUUUUGAUUGGUAUCCAAAAUUAGUUCUGAAGAACCAAAGUUACUCGUUCUUGAAUGAGCUUCCAGUGUUCAGUCCUAAAGGACUUAUCACUUUGGAUUUUAAUAAGAAAAAGGGAGAUGAGUCUCUUUCACUAAGAUCAUGGUGUCUUGAAGGAUUUGGAGUUGACUGCACCCUUCCUAAUUUUGCUGAUGCAAUCCAGUCUAGUCUAGAUUUAUACGAGUAUGGAAGCAUUGAGAAGGCACAUCUAUAUUUCAGAAAUACAGUUGAAGAUAUUUGGUUCAAAGACUAAAAGGUUUUCCAAUAAUAUCC